UCGACUUGUAAUUGGCUAGCGAUACUCUAUAAAAAUUAUUAUAUUAAACUAUAUGGGACCCGAUACUUAAUUGCACCAAUAGCGAUAUUGACACGUAGGAGGGUGCUAGGCACCAGUGGUGCCCUUUAGCAUUUCUCUACAUACUACAUAUAUGAAUUUAUAUUCCAACCCACACAUGCAUAUUCAUCUAUAUCUAGUUCGUUUUAAAUAACUGCUUAACUAUAUAUGUGUAUAUAUAUACAUAUAUACUCUGUCUGCCUAGUAAAAAAAAUUAGAGUUCACCUCAAAUUGUAGGAAGAAGUAAGAAUGAUUAGUAGUACUGAAAUAAAGAAUCAGAUCGGAGAGUAUAUGAAUUGUGAGAAAAUAUUACUUGUUGGAGAAGGUGACUUCUCUUUUUCUGCCUGUUUAGCAAAAGCCUUUUGCUCUGCCAAGAAUAUGGUCGCAACAUCAUUGGAUACUCUAGAUGUGUUAUUGAGGAGGUAUACCAGUAGUGAAAGUCAUUUGAAUGAGUUAAAGACAAGAGGUUGUUUGGUUUUGCAUGAAGUGAAUGUGCAUCACAUGAGCCAACAUCCCGCCCUUAAACACAUGGAAUUUGAUGUUAUUGUUUUUAAUUUUCCUCAUGCGGGCCAUUUCUGUCUAAAUGAAUCAAACCAAACUCUCAUUCAGAUGCACAAGACUUUGAUAAGAGGUUUCUUCAGAAGUGGGAGUAAAAUGCUGAAGGAAGGUGGGGAGAUCCACGUGGCACAUAGGGAUGACAAUCCUUACAACAAAUGGGGCUAAGAGGAGCUAGCACAAAACGCACGUUUGAUUCUCAAAGAAAAAGUGUCGUUUGUGAAAACACGCUAUCCUGGCUACAAUAACAAGAGAGGCAGUGUUAUCCGAGGCAACAAAGAGUUCCCUCUACAAAACCCUUUCACUUUCAAGUUCUCCGUCAGUAUUGAUCAAAAUUAAUUUUAUUGGAAAACAUGUACUCUUCGAAAGAUCAUUGUUAACAAACUCACGAAAUCUGCAGCGUAGGAUUUCGAAGAUUAGUUAUUUGUUGUAUAGGUUAUAACAGCUGGUAUUAAAGUAGUCUUUACUUAUUGUUGACUUUGACUCUAUAUAUUAUAAAGUAAUAUAUCCACAAAAUUGCAGACCAACAUAUGUUAGCUUCUCCAUUUCAAAUAUAUAUGUACGUAUUUUUCUUGAUAGUUUAAAAUUCUUGCUUUUUCUAUUAUUUCCUCGUCGAUUUGCAUGGUAGUCUGGCGUGGAUAGUAUACAGAAUACAGUUGUACAGAUA